GAGUGGGUCCGCGCCGCAGCUGGCAGGAGCGCGGACACUGGUCCCGCGCAAUGGGCAGGGGGAGGAGGUGGAGGAGGGGCCGUCGGUUUCCCCCUCCCCUUUCUCCGCCUCCCCAGUCCGGUGCCCUUGGCCUCGAGCGCGUCGUUGGUUUCCGGUUGUCAGGCAGCGGCUGGCUGGGCGGCAGCCGAAGUGGGAGGGAGGGACGGACGCUGGUGGGGUGCGGGCCUGAGCCCUCCGAGACGCAGCCAGCAUGAAGGACAGCGCGGACUCCAAGGACCAGCAGCUCACCGUGGCACUUCGGGUCCGGCCCAUUAGUGUCACGGAGCUGGAGGAAGGAGCCACACUUAUUGCCCAUAAAGUGGAUGAACAGAUGGUGGUUCUGAUGGACCCAAUGGAGGAUCCGGAUGACAUUCUUCGAGCUCACAGAUCCCGGGAGAAGUCCUACUUAUUUGAUGUGGCCUUUGACUUCACUGCCACUCAGGAGAUGGUUUACCAAGCCACCACGAAGAGCCUCAUUGAAGGGGUCAUCUCUGGCUACAACGCCACUGUCUUUGCCUAUGGCCCCACUGGCUGUGGGAAAACCUACACCAUGCUGGGCACUGAUCAUGAGCCCGGCAUCUACGUUCGGACCCUCAACGACCUAUUCUGUGCCAUUGAGGAGACCAGUAAUGACAUGGAAUAUGAGGUGUCCAUGUCCUACCUAGAGAUCUACAAUGAAAUGAUUAGGGAUCUACUGAAUCCUUCCCUGGGGUACCUAGAGUUGAGAGAGGACUCCAAGGGCGUGAUCCAGGUGGCCGGGAUCACUGAGGUUUCCACCAUCAAUGCCAAAGAGAUCAUGCAGCUUCUAAUGAAAGGGAACAAGCAGAGGACCCAGGAGCCUACGGCCGCCAACCAGACGUCUUCCCGGUCCCAUGCCAUACUCCAAGUGACCGUGCGUCAAAAGAGCCGGGUCAAGAAUGUCAUGCAAGAGGUGCGGCUGGGCCGCCUCUUCAUGAUAGACCUGGCUGGCUCCGAGCGGGCAUCCCAGACUCAGAACCGUGGACAGCGCAUGAAGGAGGGUGCCCACAUCAACCGGUCCCUGCUGGCCUUGGGCAACUGCAUCAACGCUCUCAGUGACAAGGGGAAUAAUAAGUAUAUUAACUACAGAGACAGCAAACUCACCCGGCUCCUCAAGGAUUCGCUUGGGGGCAACAGUAGGACAGUGAUGAUUGCCCACAUCAGCCCUGCAAGCAGUGCAUUUGAGGAGUCCCGAAACACCCUCACUUAUGCUGGCCGGGCCAAGAAUAUCAAGACCAGGGUGAAACAGAACCUGCUGAAUGUCUCAUACCACAUUGCUCAGUACACCAGCAUCAUCUCUGACCUGCGCAGUGAGAUUCAGCGCCUCAAGUGCAAGAUUGAUGGGCAGGGUGGGCGGGGCCAUGUCCGAAGCCCCUGUGAGCGGGGAGACAUUCGCCAGAUCCAAGCUGAGGUCCAGCUUCAUAGCUCCCAGUUUGAGCAGCUGGAGAUGGGACAGCUGCGGGGGCAGCUCAUCAGUGCCUUCCAGGCCCAGAUGGACGUCCGCAGGCUCCUGCUGGAAUUGGAGAACCACUCCGUGGAGAUCCAGAUCGAUACUUCCCGCCACCUGCUCACUAUUGCUGACUGGGAGCAGGAGAAAUCUCGCCGCACCCUCAAGUGGCAGGAAGAACAAAGGAAGGAAUCAUACAGUAAGGAUGACAGUGAGAAGGAUUCAGACACUGGUGAUGACCAGCCUGACAUCCUGGAGCCUCCAGAGGUGACCUCAGCCCGAGACAGCAUUGCUACCCUGGUUGAAGAGCAGAAGAAACUCCGAAAGCAGAAGGUGGAGCUGGAGCAGAGGUGCCGGGAUCUGAGAACCCAGGGCCGGAGGCUGGAGGAGAUGCUGCCACGUCGCAUUGGUUCUCAGGAGCAGCGGGAAAUCCUGAGCUUACUAUGCCGGGUUCAUGAGCUAGAGAUGGAAAAUACUGAGAUGCAGUCCCAUGCCCUGAUCCGAGACGGUGCCCUCUACCACCGUCGGGAGGCCAUGCGGCGCCUGGAACAGCACCGGAGCCUCUGUGAUGAGAUCAUCCAGGGUCAGCGGCAGAUCAUCGAUGAUUACAACCUGUCUGUCCCUCACCACCUGGAGCAUCUGUAUGAGCUGUACCAGCGGGAGCUAGAGGAGGGAAAUCUGGAUCGGAUGGCCAGUAUGGACCGGGCAGCCUCCAGGGCCCUGCAGGAGAGUUCAUUGCCCAGAAUUCCCCCAGGCCCUGGAGAGAACACUCUGGCCCUGGAUUCGGAUCAGGAGAGUGUGAAGACUCUGGGCUCUGAACCCCAGCUGGUGCCGCGGAAGGAAUGGCAAAAGGGCAUACUCCCACCUCUCAGUGUGGGGGACCUGGAGAGUGAUGUUAACAAGGUGUUUAAGGCCAGUCCCCAUCCCCGGGCCUGGCAAGCAAAGAGUUCAGCUGUGUUGACACCACCACCCAUCCAGAUCAAUGGCAUGGUUUCUCAGGAGGACCUACCCCAGGACAGCAGUCACAUCAACUCAUCCCCUGAGAGCAGCGAGAACUUCCCAGAGAUCCCUGUGUCCCACAAAGAGAGGAAGGAGAUCCUGUCCGGCACCAAGAGCAUUGUGGUGAAAGCAGCCAGGCGGAGGUCACGGGUGCUGGGCCCAGAGAGGCACCAGCUGCUGGCCCCGAUGAUGGAGCCAAGCAGUCUGUCCUUACACUCCUUGAGUGCGGCAGAUGAUGGCCCCCCACCACCCCCACCUGCCUGUAAGCGCCCGCCAAGCCCCAUGCUGCAGCACACUGUCAGUGAAGACAAUCUGUCCAGCAGCACUGGGGAGACCCCGUCGCGGGUGGCCAGAUGCCAUGGCGAUGCCCCAGGUCUCUGGCUCCGGGGCCAGAAGAAGAGCCUGGGUAAAAAAAGGGAAGAAUCACUAGAAGCGAAGAAGAGAAAGCGGAGGUCCAGGUCCUUUGAGGUCACAGGACAGGGGCUAUCCCGUCCUAAGAACCAUCCCCUGCAUCCCCGCCCUCUGGAGAGCACCUCAGACUACAGGAUACCCAUCUCUGGUAACCCAGCACCCAGUAUGCAGCACCUGAGUAAGGUUGCACUGCCCCUCGCCAAAGUCAGGCUUCCUCCAAGCCAGACCACAGGUCCUGGGGACCCGUUGCCCCUCACAGUGCCAGCUGCUUCCAGAAGAGCCACUUGUGGUCUGCAUCAGCCCCAGGGCAAGAAUGGGCGUUUCCGACCUAACUGAAGACCUCUGCAGCUUGGAACCAACCAGCCCCCGAGAACGAAAGGGGAGAGAGAUGGGAAGAUGGAAAGACCAGCGACAGAGGGGAGUGCAGUGGGAGGUGACCUGGGCAGGAGAGCAGAGAUGUCCAGACACCUGGCACCCCCCCAAGCCCUGGUGAAGUUUGUGUCCUGGAGGUGCUGGAAUGAGGAAAGCAGCUUCCUUCCACUUCAGUGACGUCAGUGCAACCGGGGUGGGGGGCAGGGGACUUCCUGGGAAAAGGAGAUGAUCCCAAGAAGGGAUCCCCAGAAUGGCCUGGGGGAGAUCUAACCCCAGGGCCAGAGCCCCUGGGCCUGCCUAGAUUACACUGCACAGAAAUGUGUUGCCAAAACUCUUCACCCACCAUCAGGCUUCCAUGUGGUCAGCAGAGCCCACCAGCCUAAGCCUCUGCAGCAGGGUGGUGGGAAGACAAUGGGGUCCUGGGGCCAAAUAUAGGACAGGGGUGCUGAAGCUGUUGGAUUUGGGGAAAGGGGAACCCAGGAGACAGCUGGGACUGAUGCUAGAGUCCAGUCUUGUAUUGGAGGUGGGGGCUGAGGGUGAUGGUUUAGUUUUCUCACAUCACAGUGGCUUUCCCCCCUGCUUUUUAACAAUAAAAAAAAAAAAUCCUACCUGGAGUUGCAUGUUCAUGUUUAAGACCAGAAGUAUAGGAUCUGGGGCAACUAUGUGGUAUGACGGAUAGAGUACUGGCCCUGGAGUUGGAAGAACCUGAGUUCAAAUCUGGCCUCAGAUCCUUACUAGCUGUGUGACCCUGGGCAAGUCACUUAAGAUGUGUAGGAGCCAUUAUUUUGCCAGAGCACAGAAGUCUGAGGGCUGAUAAAACUAAAAAAGAUGAGUCUCAGGGCUCUAUGCUCAUCUCUGCCAAACUCCUUUGUGUAGCAGGGAUAGAGACCCUGGUGAACAAUGAAUCACCAAGAUCACAGAUCUUGAGUACUGGAAAGGCAUUCUAGCCUAACUCCCCUCAUUUUGCAAUUGGGGAAAUUAAGGCCCAGGGAAAUGGAGUGAUUUGUCCAAGUAAGUAGCAGAGUUAGGACUGGAACCUAGGUCUGCCCACUCUAUGUUUCUUCCUUCUGCUAUACCACAAUGUCUGCUUCCAAAUACUGACAAAGCAUGUUAGGGACCUAGCAAGGUCCAUUUGCCCUCCUCCCAUCCUGUCCUCACCUGCCACAGCUCUGUGGCCUAUCUUCCACUGUACUCUGCUCUCCCCCGGACCAGAUGUAACUGGGAGCCAAGAAGAGCAAUCUGGCCCACUGGAGCCCCUGAACCCAGAUGGGAGUUGGGAAUGCCACAGAUAUCAGGACUGGAACCUUGAAGCCUGACCUGGAACACUAUUCCCACCCAUCCCCCACUGCCCUAACCUUGCCUGGAGAGGGAGCAUGGACAUAGUGAAUAAAAGGCUAGACCAGGAGUCUAGAUAGAUCCCGGUUCAAAUCUUACCUCUUUUACUAGCUCUGUGACCAUGGAAA